CUGGAUUGUCAGAUCUCUGUCAGAAAGCCAGCAGAGGCUUUGGAUUCACAGCUUCUGCCUUUAUUGAAAUUCAUUGUGUUGCAUGAUGUGGCUUCUGGUCUUUAUCUGCACGUUGACAGUUGUUGGUGGUGUCCCUGUACAGCCGAACCAGGAGGCCACCAGUCACGCCCCAGAUAAUGUUACUGUCACUGCUAUGCAUGCUGUGCCGAAGCCAGCAAAAACACAAGCUGGUGUCGUCCCGUUAAAUGGCACCCACAAUGUGACUAGUCCUGCCCCAGGUAUAGUCAUCCCCAUGCUUAAACCACAGCAAGCCAGCGCAGAAACCUUGGAAGAGCUACAAGAGGAAUUGAUUGUCCAAGAGGGAGACAUGCUGAUUCAGGAGGACAGGAACGCUGUAAUGACCCUGUGGGCAGAAGCCACCGUGCCUUACAUCAUCAGUUAUGAGCUGGCUGAUCAAGAGUUUAACAUCCUCACUGCCUUCAGGAUGAUAUCAGAUUUUACCUGCAUUCGCUUCAUACCACGCACCACGGAGCUGAACUACCUGGAGUUCAAGAAUGGCAAAGGCUGUGCAUCCUUUGUUGGUUGCCGAGGAGGAGCCCAGGCGGUGUAUUACGCCCGCUCGUGCAGCGUGGGGAACCUUUGCCAUGAGAUCAUUCAUGCUCUGGGGCUGCAUCAUGAACACACCCGCAAGGACCGGGAUCAAUACAUCAAUGUGCAGUGGCAGAGCAUCAUCCCAGGCAGAGAAAAGAACUUCAAGAUGAGAAGUGGAAACACUCUGAACCUGCCGUAUGACCUCGAGUCCAUAAUGCACUACGGAGAGUAUUUUUUCAGUCUAGAUGGAAGUCCAACGAUGUUGUCAAAGUACAGCGGAGUGCAGAUGGGCCAGAGAACACAUCUCAGCCACCUGGAUAUACAGAGACUGAACAAACUCUACCACUGCGACGAGCGGAUGAAAUCGAUGCAUGGAUGAUAUCAGUGAGCGGGCUCCCUCUUGGUUAACCUGCAUUUGCUGUGAUAUUUAAUAAAAUCAUAAAACCCUUGCUCUGUUUGCUGGUUUUUCAUACCUGCCAGCCCAAAUACAUCAAAUUAAACCAUACAGCUGAAAAAAUUGUAUUGCUGUGAUGUAAAUUUCAAAACAAAUUACAGUAAAGGCGCAGACAUUGUUUCAACAUUGGGGGGACACAUGACAUGAGGGGUUUGGGCGUCCUCUGCAAGAAUGUUUUUAGCACUAAUUUGUGACUUUUGUGCGUUAAAUUAUGGUGCAAAUGCAUAAACUGUAUAAAUAUAUAAAUAUGUCCAUAUUCAGAGCUGAUCUUAAUAUUCUACCCUCAUGUAUGUACAUAGGAAGGAGGAAAAAAAUAGUAGUACUGCUCAAUAUAAUGCAACUUUAACUAUGACCUCAUUAAUAUAGUGU